AGAAAAUGGCAUGUGAAGCAGUCAAUGGUCAGUUUAAAGACUUGGCCAAAGUUUAUGAAAAAGAUGUGACAGAAAGUAUAAAGAAAUACCAAGUACUGAAAGAUGUAGAUUUGUUUGUCCUAGACAAUUCAAUAAGAGAGAGCACAGUUGGUCAGCUUAGAGGUCACACCAUUGAAAACAAGUGGAAAGUUUAUGACGAAGUUAAAAAAUGUGGAUUUAAGCAUACAAUAGUUGCCUCAUUCAACCACAGUACUCGUGUAGAUGAUGUCUUUAUCAAACAGCUCAUUGACAAGGGAGAGGAUCGUGCAGGCCUUUGGGCUUUCUCAGAAAUAACCGAAGCAAUAAAGGGGAAAGUUCCUGACACUGAAAGCAUACCUGUAGGUUUACGGAAAAUGAAAGAAGCUGGAUUGUAUAACGUUAUCUUUGAACUCGACCUUGGAGAUUCUACGUACGAUUUUGACAAAUUCAGAACAGAUGAGAUGUGCGCAUUACUUAAAAAAUGGGUCGACUGGGUUUUUGAAAACUUGGGUAAAGAGGCAAAAGUAUUCAUUAGCUUCAGAGACCUCCCGGAUGCUAUGCCAACUGAUUCCGAUAGAGUUUUUGAAGUUACUGAUUUCCUAUGUAAAUUACCAUUAUUUGGUCUGAUGUUUGAGGAACCAAGAGGACAAUCUCUCCCCGAGGAAUGUGGCACCUGGGCAAAACAUAUAAGAAAGGUCAUGGACGCCAAUAAUUUCAAAGGUCAUCUUUUGGUUCAUGUUCACGAGAAAUUUGGUUACUGUGAUGCUGUAGCUUUGCAGGUACUAAUGGAUGGAGCAGAUGGAAUUUGGGCCAGUGUUAUAAAAGAAGGCGCUGCCAUGGGAAAUGCGCCAUCUAUUGUAACAAUAAUUAAUCUAAUUCGAAUGGGAAACAAAAAAGUGCUGAAAAAGUAUAAUUGCACGUACCUCCGAAAGGCAGCAAUUAACAUGACCAGAAUUACCACUGGGGUUGAUCCUCAUAUCAAACAGCCUGUAUAUGGAGCAAGUGCCCUCGACUUUGUUUUUGACUUGAAUCCUGAAGAAUUUGAUUUUGCCGACUUUUUCGACGAAAAAGCUCCUAUUCGAAUAACCACUCUUUCGUCAGCGGAAAUGGUCCAAACUAAGUUAUUCAAUUAUUUUGGCGAGAACGAAGACUUUACUAUAGAACGUGCCAACCUAAUGAAGGAAGUCAUGCUAAAAGAUUUACGGGCGAACAGGUUUGUUUUCAUUUUCUAUAAGGCUACAAAUGAAUACAACUAG